GAGGUUAUGUGAUUCAGAUUGUGUAAACAUUUUUGUAAUUUCGAUAUUAUGAUAGAAUAAUAGCAAAAUGUUUUGUCCAGGAAUGUAUUGCGGUAGAAUUCGUUCAGAUGGACUGGAAUUAAGCGACUGUGGACCAUGUCCCAGGGGGUACAGAAGGAAUGAUAGUUCUUUUAUUUGUGAAUUGUGUACAGACGCUCUAUCUUUUUACGAUUGGUUGUACUUAGGUUUUAUAGUUGCUACAGUUGUAGUGUUACAUUGGUUCUUCAUUGACAUGGUCUGUAUGCGAAGAAGUUUUACGAAAGAAAUUCUCAUUUUACACGGAGCAGCUCUUCUGGAAGUAAUUGUAGCUGCGUUUAUUUCUCUAUUAUUGACGCAUCCCAUAGGUUCUUUAAAUGUUCACAGUUGCAGAGUUAGAAAAGUAGCGGAUUGGUAUACGGUUUUUCACAAUCCCAUUCCGAACUUCGAAGAAACUAUUCACUGUACUCAGGAGGCGGUUUACCCACUUUACACUGCUGUGUUCGUGUUUUACGGCUUGUGCUUGAUUUUUAUGGUGACAUUCAGGCCUUGGUUGAGCAAAAAGUUUUUCCCGAAGCAAAGCAAAAUGGCAAUAUACGCAGCUCUGUACUUUAUACCUAUACUGUUCGUUUCGCACGUUCUAUUCGGAGGACUUUUAUAUUACGCUUUCCCUCAUUUGGUCCUGGUCCUUUCCGUAGUAUCAUGUGCAGCCCAUUUUGCGGUGAAAAUAGAUCAACGAGUAAAGUCGCUUUUAGUAUCAACUCUUUUGGAACCGAGAAAUCUAGUGAUCCUGCUCGGACAUUGGUGUUUACACGCCUACGGUAUAAUAUCCUUAACGCAAUUGGAGGAUUUAAGCAUCCACGGUCCUUUAAUACUUCUGGUACCUAUUCCAGCCGUAUUUUAUAUACUUACUUCGAAAUUUACUGAUCCCAAUAAAAUUUAAACUAAAGGGGCCUAUGAAAGUGAAUCUGUGAUAAACAAUUGCAUGAAAAUCGUGUAAAAUAACUUGAUUAUUUUGUAUAUACGUGUGUUUUAAUGAGUGUUUGAUUUAGACGUAGAAAAGAAAUGUUGAAGUUAUUAUAUGUCUAUAUUUAUAAACAAAUAUA